AUAUAUGUUAACACCUGCAAACUAGCUAGUAACGGAAGCAUCAACAGCUAGUUGCUGCAGAGUGCAGACAACCAAGGAGAAGAAGAAUAGCAGGAGAAGAUAAAAUUGCACUUGAUUAGUCACCAUGGAAUCGCACGAGAGACCAGACAAGCAAAGGGAAAGCCAUGGCGGCACUGUGCUGCAAAGCCAAGGCAAGGAGAAGCAUGAGAGGUUCCUCGACUUCCUCAGGGCAGCUCCGUCCAAGGAGCUCGGCGUCGCCGCGCCGCACGCCUUCCUCAAACGCGUCGCCGCCCUCCGCGCCCUGCGCGCCAAGUGCGUCGCCUGGGCGAAGCACCCCACCAACGCGGCGAUGCUCGUCUGGCUCGCCUUCGUCGCGGCGGGCGUGGCCUUCGUCUUCCUCCUCAUGACGGGGGCGCUCGACUCCGCCGUGCCCGACGCCGGGCGGCGCAAGCGGUGGACGGAGAUCGCGAACCAGGUGCUCAACGCACUCUUCACCAUCAUGUGCCUGUACCAGCACCCGCGGCUCUGCCACCACCUCGUGCUCCUGGUGCGGUGGCGCGCCGCCGACGCCGUCGAGCUCCGCGGCGUCUACUGCAGGAACGCCGCCGCCGCCCCACGGCACGAGCGCGUCCACGUCGCGGUCGUGCUGGUGCUGCUCCACGCGACGUGCCUGGCGCAGUACGCCUACUGCGCGCUCUUCUGGCUGUUCAGCAGCGACACGCGCCCCGACUGGGCCGUGGACCUGUGCAUGGCGCUCGGCCUCGCCGACCCCGUCGCCGCCGCGCUGUACAUGGUCUACGGCCCGCUCGGCAGGAAGAUCACGGCGUCCGCGGGUGACGAGGCGAUGGCUACUGGGGCGGCGCUGAAAGUGGAGAGCGGCGGCGGCGGCGGUAGGUGCGGAGCGGCGGUGACGGCGCCGGAGUGGGCCGGCGGGCUGCUGGACCUCGCCGACGACCCGGCGGCGGCGGCGCUGUCGCUGGCCUGCACUUUCUGCGUGUUCGGGUGGAACAUGGAGCGGCUGGGGCUGGGCAACAUGUACGUGCACGUCUUCACCUUCGCGCUGCUCUGCGCCACGCCGGUGCUGGUGUUCGCCGUCGCCGCGCUCAACAUCCACGACGCCACCGUCGGGUACCUCGUCGGCGCUGCGGGCGCGCUGCUGUCCGUGCUGGGGCUCGCGUACGGGGGAUUCUGGCGCGCGCAGAUGCGGCGGCGGUUCGGGCUGCCGGCCGCCCGGUCCGUGUGCGGCGGGCGGCCCGCCGCCGCGGACUACCUCAAGUGGCUGCUCUGCGCGCCGUGCGCGCUGGCGCAGGAGGUGAGGACGGGCAACCUGUACGACGUGGAGGAGGGCAGGCUGUACCUGAGAGGCAGCGGUGAGGACGUGGCGACGGAGGAGGAACCGGGAAUGAUGGCGCCUCUGGAGAGGGAAGGGUGCGUUGCGCCAUUGACGGCCGGCAGUAAGGGAAGUGCCCGCGAUGGAGUUGAGUGUGUCGUCGCCGUUGAUGCACCGCCGCUGCAAAUGAUGGGCGAGGAGCGGUGGAGGUAAACAGGUAGGAGAAAGGGUGUAUCAGACAUGGAGUAUCGAAUGAAAUUGCUAAUCCGU